AUGUUCAUCGCGAAGCUGCUGAACACAUUUGAUAUAGCAAUUAUUCAGGAAAUAAGCGAUGUUGAUCAACAAGCACCUUUCCGCUUACUUGAUACAUUGAAUACAAUUUCAGCACCAAAUACAUAUGACAUGUCACUAAGCUCAAGACUUGGAAAUUCAAAUACAAAAGAACAGUAUGCGUAUUUAAAUCGUGAAUCAACAUCGCAGGUUCAAUUAAUAUCUGCUUACGUCUAUGAAGAUACAAGUAAACUUUUUGAACGACCUCCACCAGAUGAUGCGUUAAAAGAAACAAUUCAUUUACGCAAAGCAAUCGAUGAUUUCAUCCGUAAACAUCCACAAUAUUUCAAUAAUGGACUAAUAACAGAUAUAUUAGAACAAAAUGUCAUCGACGCAACAGCAACAAAUAAACCAAGUUUAAAAACAAAUCAUCCGAUACUACUUGUUGGCGAUUUUAACGCUGAUUGUAGUUAUAUAUCACUCAAACGUCAACAAGAAUUAAGAAAUAUGCAUUUUGUUGAUUUUACAUGGAUGAUCAAUAAUCAAGUAAAAACCAAUGUUCGUCAAAGUUGUACAUAUGACAGAAUAUUAAUUAAUGGUGACAAUUUUAUAAACGCAAUUGUUCCGGACAGUAAUUCAACAGUAAGAUAUGAUUUAUUACAUGAUUUAACAUUACAACAAGCAUUGGCAAUCAGUGAUCAUUUUCCAGUCAAAUUUGAUAUCGACUGGUAG